AUGGCCUCCAGCGCUGCUUCCACUCGGCGUCUCACCUCUAGUUCAUCGCCUCUAGCGAGUACACCACCAGUGACAACAACAACAACAACAACAACGACAGGGACAUUGUCGGCGUCUGAUCCCAGACAACAACGGCAGUCUACAUCAUCACAAAGCCCGACGGGGGCGCCGACGAACAUAAGCACAAGCAACGACGCACCGGGUCCGCUUUAUUCGGAAGAUGGCGAACUGCCGGAGGAGGUUCUGUCAUAUUUUGAGCACUGGGCCUCCCCAACGGAAGUUCUUCAACUUCGCACCCUAUGCGGUGAUAUCGUGAACAAGUACAAGAACGAGACCGCGAAGCUUCUUCGUGAGCUGGAAGAGGUGAAACGAGGGCGUGAUGCACUGCAGCGCGAGGCGCAGGAGACACGGAGGCUGCGAGAGCUCUAUUCAAAGGCAGAAGCCGAGUACGAGAAGGCGCGCAAGGAGCGUUCACAAUGGAGUGAGGAACGUGAGCUCCUUCGGCUGCGAUUGCAGCGACUUAGUGUCGAGAAUCAACGACUUCAACAGAUUCUCGCCAGCCGGGGUCGCUGCCCCAACCCAAAUCAGCUGGGUGGAAGGACGGCGGCGGCACCAUUGAGUUUGGGUGAUGGCAGCGGUGCGGCGUUUACUUCCACAACAACGCCGCUUUUUACGGGCUCUUCGAUACCCACACCAACAGCUAGUUCGAGUUCAGCCGCAAGGCAACCACAUGGAGGCUCCGCGACACAGGAGCGGAAAAAGCAGCAGCAACAGCACCCUGUGGAACAUGAUGCGGCUAGUGGUGGUAAUUACAGCAGUGGCAUGGGGGGUGAUGAUUACUAUUACAGUGGCAGUCACAACAACAACAGUAGCAGCAGCAGUAGUAGCGGCGAUAUCAAUGGGGCCUUGCGUGAGCAGCUGCGCCUCAUUGAAGAGAUCCAUCGUUGCUCCACGGAGUACGCGGAGUUGGAAGCACGGUUUUAUUUUGCCCAGACGCUCUGGGACAUUACCGCCACGCGAGGAGAGCAGCGCUCGAUGCUGCUUGUGGCUGAGAAUGAAAAACUGAAGGGCCAGCUGCGGCACUGGCGGAGUGUCGCGGAGGAUAACGCGGGCCGCCUUGACACCACCAAAGUGCAGCUGCGUGAUCGCUGCAACGACGUGGAAGAAGCACGACGUGCUCUGCAGGCUGCUCAUGCGGCACGACAGACCGCUGUAGCAGCGGAGCGAAGUGCCGCAGAGGAAUCCAUGUCGUCCAUAAAGGCAGCCCACGCUGAGGAACUCGCACGCGUCCAGCAGCAGCUGCAAGUGGCUCUCGAUGACUCUUCUCGGACACGUGACAAGCUUCAGGGAGCAUUGGAAGCGGCACAGAGGCGGGCGGAUGCGCAGCGGGAAGAGCUUUUGGCCGACGUGGGUGCCGCCGAGCAGAAGUAUGCUGACGCGUUGCGAACACAACAAGAACUGGAAACGACGUUGGCGGAGGCGACGUCACAAAACGAGCGGCAACAGGCACAAAUGGAGCGCGAGCUGCGGCUACUUCGCUCUGCCCAGGAGACCGCUGUGAAGAAGAGGGACGAACAGUCUGCGGUGCUUGAGAAGACGCUGGACGAGAACACAGGGCUGACGGCGAGGUUGCUUGAGGCGGAAGAGGAGCUGCGGACGGUGAAUGCCCAGCUGAACGUGGCACUUGAGAAACUGCAGCAUGCCGGUGAGCUGGAGGAGGCGUUAGUAAGCGCGCGCGCCAGGGCAGAGGAGUUGGAAUUGGAGGUGCAGACGCAACAGUCCUAUUACGCAGAGCAGCUGCGGAUGCACCAGACAGCGCUGGGUGAGCUGCAGAAGCAGCGGGAUGAUGAGGUGCGGCGACUUGGCCGUGCGAUUGAGCGGCUGCAGCGGCGGUAUGCGUCGAAUAAACUGCGACUCGUUGCUGCGGUAAAAGGCAUUGGACGAGCAGCCGAUGCAGGGCCAAUUUCGCCGCCUCCGAUGAUGUGCGGGAAAGAAGAACAAGCAGCGGCACAACCAAGCACGGUGAGGACGUUUCCGUUGGCUGAAGAGACAACGGGGACAGAUGCCGUCCUUCUCCUGCAGCAGUCGACGGCCAUUGUAGCCGCCCUGGCCCGCACACUAAAUCGUGAGACCCACGCGGCAUAG